ACUGUUGCGGGAUCGCUCCCUCUCCCAGCGCUGUUUUUCGCUGAAUGCUUUGCUGAGUGAGCGGUCGAUACCACUCGACAUCUGAUCCACGUGUAUUUUAUCUUAAGUGUAAAUAACGUGAAAUAUGGAUCCUUUAAAUGUAUUUUUGCAAUUUGUGGCUGACGACGGGCUGAAUAUGAAUAUCGUGGGUAAUAUUAUCGAUAAUUUGAUCCAACCGUUGCCCGAGAUCGAUAACCUAAUACACGCUCAGCGUCAAGAGGCAAAGACGCGAAACGCAGAAUAUUUUGAGUUAACGAUUCCGACAUACACGGACGAUCAAUUCAGAGAACAUUUUCGAAUGACUCGAAUAACUUUUGAGGUAUUGCUGAACGUAGUUGGAAAUCAUAUACAAAACGAUCAACUAAAUAUCAAUAUUCCUCUGAAUAAAAAGUUAUUAUUUACUAUAUGGUUGUUAAGUAAGCCCGAGUCUUUUCUGGCAGUUGGUGAUCGGUUUGAUAUUCCGACAAGUACAGGAUAUGGUAUAUUUAAAUCAAUAAUAAGUACUUUAGCAGAAUUAAUGCCACAGUAUGUUCAAUGGCCGAACGCUGCACAACAAGCUAUUUCAUCGCAAAUAUUUGAAGAACGUUCACGCGGCAUACAAAAUGUUGUGGGGGCAAUUGAUGGAUGCCAUAUACCAAUAAAACAGCCAGUUAGAAAUGCGAAUGAUUAUUUCAACAGAAAACAAUUUCAUUCAAUAAUAUUACAAGGGGUUUGCGAUCAUUCUGCACGGUUCAUCGAUGUAUUUAUAGGUAUGCCAGGAAGGAUGCACGAUGCACGCGUGUUCAGAAAUAGUAGACUAUUUCAAAUGUUGACAGAUAGGGAGAAUCCAAUUCUCCUUCAGCGCCAACAUUUAAUUGGAGACUGCGCAUAUCCGUUAAUGUUAAAUUUAAUGACCCCAUUUCGGGAUAAUGGGCAUCUUCCCGCGGCUCACAUUCGCUAUAAUGUCAGACUAAGUUCUAUUCGCUCAAUCAUUGAGCGCGCAUUCGGAUUACUUAAAGUAAAAUUUAGGCGUUUGAAAUAUUUGGACAUUUCCGAUCCAGGCUUUGGAAACACAAUUAUAGCGGCUACAUGCAUGCUCCACAAUUUUAUAAUUGACAAUGGAGAAAUAGAAGACUAUAAUGAAAGGAUGAACGAUAACGACGAUGCUCCUGUAAUCGAUGUCCAUGAGCAAAAUGAAGUCCAAGACAGGUUUGGGAUGCAGGAAGCAAUAGAAAAGAGGAAUGCUAUUGUAGCUGAUUUAUAAGUUUGUAACAAAGCAAUUUAUAAAAAUAAAAUAAAUGUUUAUUUUUAUGAAUAUCACUAAGUGAAUAUACAACCUUAU